UAGCAUUAGUAUUGCUCUCUCCCUUGGUUGUGGUUGUGGUUUUAGUUUUCAGGAAGCUUUGGCUUUAAAAUGUCUGCAGCGGAGGACGAUACGGAGCUCAGGGACCUUCUGACCCAGAACCUGGAACACAGCGGAGUUCUCAAUAAACUGAAGGCGGAGAUGCGAGCUGCCGUGUUUCUGGCCAUGGAGGAGCAGGACAAAGUGGAGAAUAAAAGUCCACUUGUCAAUGAAAAUCUGAAGAAUUGUCUCAACACCAGAGAGGGCCGCCUGGUGGCCAGUCUGAUCAUCGACUUCCUGCAGGUCUAUCACCUGGAUUUCACCCUCGCUGUGUUCCAGCCAGAGAUCAACUCGCUCAAUGGUCUGGACAGUAGGGAUCUGGUAUGCAAGGACCUGGGUCUCUCAGACACUGAGCAAAAGUCACCUCUGUUGCUGGAGCUCAUCAGGAGAAGCCACCAUAAGGACCGAGCAGCCAUGCAGGCCGAGGGAGACCGACUGAGUCCUGUUUCAAAGGAUCUUUCUCCAAAACAGAUGGCAAAUGCUAAGAAGAAAUUUGACCUCUUUGACAAAGAACACAGUGGUUCAGUUAUUAAGGAAGAAUUGAUUGGUGUUUUCACAACUCUACUCCCCACUUUAAACAAGAACAUGUUGGAGAGGUUCAUCGCAGAUGAGCUGAGAGAUGUGGAUCAAGCUUUCUCUAAAACUGUGGACUUUCAGGUCUUCCUGGGGUUGUACAAGCGUCUCUUUGCCCAGUGCAGAAGUGUGGUUCUUCAGGAUUCUGAUGUUUGCCAGCUUCCUGGGAUGUUUGAUGAAGAGAAAAUCAGUUGGUUAUCCAAUAAUAAGGUUGGCAAUGGCAGCGGAGGCUCUCUGGCUAAAGGAGAGGAACAUCAGGUUUCUAAACCCAGUGCCACACCCUGUGUUGCUCUAAACAGAGUGCUGGACCUGGAUCUGGAAGUCGAGGAUGACCUGGAUGAUGGGGAUUCUUUCUUUGAUGAUCCACUGCCCAAACCUCAGAAGAUCUAUGGCUGGAAGGUGGAGGCAUCCAGAGCCAGAGAGAGUCCAGUGGGCUCAACACUGACGCUCGAAAAGUCCAAAGGAGGAGGAACAGGGACAGCGAGCAGCACAUCAGAACUGAGCCACAGCAGGAACGGAACCUCAAAGCCCAGAGACACAAAGCCUGUUGACAACAAAAGUGGAUCACUGCUUUUAGAUGAUGAUGUUGAAUACAAAGCCGAUUUUAACAGUCAUGGAUCAGAUCUGUCAAAGAGUGAGCUAAGUAUCAGUGAGGAAAUCAAAGAAGUUUCCAUUGAAGGACCUGAGAACAGCACCAAGUUUGAUGAAACCACACAGGACGUGAGCGUGUCGCAGCUUAGCCAGAGUCACGGAGCCGACUACAUGGAGGAUGUGGCCUGACCUUCCAUCAUGCUCCUGUUUUUAUCAACAACAUUUAAGUGUACAGUUUGACAAAUAAAAUAUCACGGACCGGACA